GGUCUCCAUUAGAAACAUGGCUGCGACCAGUCUAGUGGGUAUUUGUAGAAGAGCCUCAGCGUUCCUGAAGGCAGCUUGUUCCCUAGUAAAUCCCAAGGACGCUGCUCACUCGGGUUGCAGGUCUUCUCUUAGUUUGUUACAUAAGAACACACCACAUGUCACAUCUUUUCUCCAGUGUAAAUUACUUCAUACCACGUUGUCAAGGAAAGGACUGGAAGAAUUUUUUGAUGACCCAAAGAAUUGGGGGGAAGAAAAAGUCAAAUCUGGAGCUUCAUGGACCUGCCAGCAGCUGAGGAACAAAAGUAACGAAGACUUACAUAAGCUUUGGUAUGUCCUUCUGAAGGAAAGAAACAUGCUUCUAACUCUGGAGCAGGAGGCCAAGCGACAGAGGUUGCCAAUGCCAAGUCCGGAGCGCUUAGAAAAGGUCGUUGAUUCCAUGGAUAACGUAGAUAAAGUUGUCCAGGAGAGGGAAGAUGCUCUAAGGCUUCUUCAGACCGGUCAAGAAAAGCCCAGACCCGGUGCUUGGAGAAGGGACAUCUUUGGACGAAUUGUCUGGCACAAAUUCAAGCAGUGGCCUAUACCUUGGUACCUAAAUAAAAGAUACAACAGGAGGCGGUUCUUCGCAAUGCCUUAUGUGGAUCGCUUUAUCAGACUAAGAAUUGAGAAACACGCCCGCAUUGAAGCAAGAAAGAGAAGUUUACAGAAAAAGAAAGAAAAAAUUCUCCAUGCAAAGUUCCCACAUCUCUCUCAAGAACGGAAAUCAAGUAGUGUCUAAGAUGAGACCCAGAAGUCUGGUUCCAUUGUUCUUAAAGCCUGUGUCCUGACGUGAAUACCUGUUAAGCAGUUUAUAAAGAAAUGUUCUUGUCAAGUGA